UUUUUUUUUAAACCCCAGCUCUCCUGGAGAUCACUUUCUGAAGACCGAGGCAGUUCCAGAGCAAUAUCAGAUCUCAUUAGCUUUACAAAGACAAUGAUUCCAAAGACUACAAGAUAAUUGCCACUGGCUAAGCAAGAAGGCUCACGUGGAAGGGUGCAAGAACCAUCCUGCAGGCUGGCCCAUCUGUCAAAAUAUCUGGACACCCUGUUCCAAUAACAACUAAGGACUGAUUUGCACAUAGGGAACGAGGGUAACAGCCACAAGCACCUGAAACACCACAGAAAGGAACUGAGGGAAAAGGAAAGUGGUGUCACCAUGGAGAAGGACAGCAUGACCCUAGCUGAUCAACAAUAUGAAUGUGUAGCUGAGAUUGGUGAAGGAGCCUACGGGAAGGUGUUCAAGGCCCGGGAUCUGAAAAAUGGUGGACGUUUUGUAGCACUGAAGAGGGUGCGGGUGCAGACAAGCGAAGAGGGGAUGCCACUUUCCACCAUACGUGAGGUGGCUGUAUUGAAGCAUCUGGAAACAUUUGAGCAUCCCAACGUGGUCAGGUUGUUUGAUGUAUGCACAGCAUCCCGAACAGACCGAGAGACGAAACUAACACUGGUGUUUGAACAUGUUGAUCAAGACUUGACCACUUAUUUGAAUAAAGUUCCAGAGCCUGGUGUGCCUAGCGAAACUAUAAAGGACAUGAUGUUUCAACUCCUACGAGGGCUUGAUUUUCUGCAUUCGCACAGAGUGGUCCACCGUGAUCUGAAACCGCAAAACAUUCUAGUCACCAGCAGUGGGCAGAUAAAAUUAGCUGACUUUGGCCUUGCAAGGAUCUACAGUUUUCAAAUGGCUCUUACAUCUGUGGUUGUCACUCUAUGGUACAGAGCUCCUGAAGUUUUGCUUCAAUCCAGUUAUGCAACGCCAGUCGAUCUUUGGAGCGUUGGCUGCAUAUUUGCAGAAAUGUUCCGUCGAAAGGCACUUUUUCGUGGAAACUCGGAUGUUGAUCAGCUAGGAAAAAUCUUUGAUGCAAUUGGGCUUCCCAAAGAAGAGGACUGGCCUAGCGACGUUGCCCUCCCAAGGAAUGCUUUUCCUGCUAGAGAUCCGCAGCCCAUUGAGCUUUUCGUAACGGAUAUUGAUGAACUAGGCAAAGACUUGCUGCUUAAAUGUUUGGCAUUCAACCCCACAAAGAGAAUAUCAGCUUACAAUGCCUUAUCUCACCCUUAUUUUCAUGAUCUGGAAAAAUGCAAGGAGAAUACAGACUCUGAUUUGUCAUCCCUUCAAAACUCCACUGAGAUGACUACACCAUAAGGCUGCUUGAGGUCCAACUUAACUGAUGAACAAAAUGUAGAUGAUAAGCUCACCGUUGAGGGUAAA